CGACACAGUACAAGACAUACGUACAGCGAAGAUGAGACUAACAGUGGCAAUAGGUGUGGCCUUGCUAGCCAUCAUUGGAUCAGCAACUGCAAAACCAUCGUCAGCAGGAAGCUGCACUAAGCUGGAGGAAGGAGCGACCUACGGCAUUGCAGGUGAUUGUGCAAAGUAUUUGCUGUGCAGGAAAGGUGCGUUGGAGAUCAAGGAAUGCAAAAGUAGCUCCGAGUAUGAUACGGUAAGCGGCAAGUGUGUGCCGACUGGAUCUGCUACCUGUGCUGUUGAAGCAAACCCCGAACCGGAACCACAACCCGAACCAGUGCCUGAGCCCGAGCCGGAAGAGAGCCCGGAGCAGUACGACUAUCUUUGCCAGAAGGUGUUGUACGGUGUACGAGUGCAUCCUAAUGCAUGUGACAAAUUCCUUGUUUGUUCUAAAGAAAAGGCAGCUAUAGAACUGUGCGCAGAAGGAUUCAUUUUCGUGGAUGAUUUUAUCAGCUGUGUGCCUGGAAAUAAGGAGACGUGUACGGUUCAGCCUGAUGAGCCGUCAACCACUGAGAGUCUACCAAGUGGUUCCGAUGAGUCGGAAGAAGGUGAAGAAUCUGGUUCUGACGAAGACUCUGAUGAGGGCGCUACUACCGAACCGGAACCAUCGAACCCACCAGCUGAUGUAACCGAAUCUGGUGAAGAGCCCUCGGAGACUCCCGGCCCCUACGACUAUCUCUGUGCGAAGACUCUGCUCGGAAGUGUGGCUCACCCCGAGUCCUGCACGAAGUACAUCUCGUGCUACAAGUACAAGGGCAAGGAGGAGUCUUGCAAGCAGGGAUACGCCUACUCGUCUAAGCUGCAUCUGUGUGUCAAGCAGAAGAAUGGAGGCUGUGCCGAUGCUCCGGAAGAGCAGCCAACUACUGAGGCCGCCACUCCCGAACCGGAACCUGAGCCAUCGAACCCGCCAUCUGAAGAGACCGAGUCUGGAGAAGAGCCCUCGGAGACUCCCGGCCCCUAUGACUAUCUGUGCGAGAAGACUCUGCUCGGAAGUGUGGCUCACCCUGAGUCCUGCACGAAGUACAUCUCGUGCUACAAGUACAAGGGCAAGGAGGAGUCUUGCAAGCAGGGAUACGCCUACUCGUCUAAGCUGCAUCUGUGUGUCAAGCAGAAGAAUGGAGGCUGUGCCGAUGCUCCGGAAGAGCAGCCAACUACUGAGGCCGCCACUCCCGAACCGGAACCAGAGCCAUCGAACCCGCCAUCUGAAGAGACCGAGUCUGGAGAAGAGCCCUCGGAGACUCCCGGCCCCUAUGACUAUCUGUGCGAGAAGACUCUGCUCGGAAGUGUGGCUCACCCUGAGUCCUGCACGAAGUACAUCUCUUGCUACAAGUACAAGGGCAAGGAGGAGUCUUGCAAGCAGGGAUACGCCUACUCGUCUAAGCUGCAUCUGUGUGUCAAGCAGAAGAAUGGAGGCUGUACCGAUGCUCCGGAAGAGCAGCCAACUACUGAGGCCGCCACUCCCGAACCGGAACCAGAGCCAUCGAACCCGCCAUCUGAAGAGACCGAGUCUGGAGAAGAGCCCUCGGAGACUCCCGGCCCCUAUGACUAUCUGUGCGAGAAGACUCUGCUCGGAAGUGUGGCUCACCCUGAGUCCUGCACGAAGUACAUCUCUUGCUACAAGUACAAGGGCAAGGAGGAGUCUUGCAAGCAGGGAUACGCCUACUCGUCUAAGCUGCAUCUGUGUGUCAAGCAGAAGAAUGGAGGCUGUGCUGAUGCUCCGGAAGAGCAGCCAACUACUGAGGCCACCACUCCCGAACCGGAACCAGAGCCAUCGAACCCACCAGCUGAAAAGACCGAAUCUGGAGAAGACCCUUCUGAAACCUCUGGCCCAUACGACUAUCUGUGUGCGAAAACUCUUCUAGGAAACGUAGCUCAUCCCGAUUCCUGCACAAAGUACAUCUCGUGCUACAAGAACAAGGCCAAGGAACAAAACUGCAACAAUGGCUACUAUUUCUCGGUGUACCUGCGAUUGUGUAUCAAGGGAAACAGUGAAACUUGCGCAGACAUCAAUGGAGGAAACCAGGAGCCAACUCCAACGGAACCUCAACCUGAACCGACGGAGGAGCCAACGACUACAACCGAACUGGUUCCUCCCGAAACCGGAGGUGAUCCAGGAGAGACCAACACCGGUUGCAUCGAGGGUUUCACCGGAUUCUUGCCGAUCCAGAAUGAUUGUGUGAGCUACGUGUACUGUUUCCAGGGCGAACCAGGUGUGAGGACUUGCCUGGAGAACUACAUCUACUACGACCCAUUCAAGACUUGCCUGCCAGGUGAUCCAGUGCUGUGUCAAUUGUAUUCGGUCUAGACCUCCUCUUCGGUCCUUGAGCUGGCGCGAGAAUCAUAACAUUCUGCUAUAAAAUUAUAGUACAAAGUAGUUUGAAUAUGAAAUCUUCUUUUACACUUAUUAACAUUAUUGUAGAGGUAGCUUCAUCCUUGCGACACACGCAUCAGGGUCAGUGCCUGCACUCGAUACGGAUGAAUAAAUAAAACAGAAAAUAAAUCAAAACACUAAACUACACCUGCA